GUGUUUGUCAUUGUGACAUUUGAUAAUAAAGUAAUCAAUUUAUUGAGAUUAUUAGUAGUUUCUACUACAAAAAUAUGUGAUUAAUCUGAUAUUUGUAAAAUCUCUUCAACUAUCAACCCUCAGGACAAUAAAUAAUAAUUACAAUGACAAAAUUAACCGUUGAAAUCAUUAGUUGAUAUUUCCGUAACAUAUUUGAAUUUGAAUAAGAAAUAUAUUAGUGUUCUUGAUAAGUAUAUCUUAUGUAAACUGCUUUUAUUUGACGAUUCAUAGAUGGAUAAAUACACAGUUGAUUUGGACAAGGUUUUGAAUGACUUUGAAUAUAGUGAGUACAGUUUAGAAAGUGCAAAAGUGAAUAGGAAUAUACAAGAUGAAAAUCCUAACACCUCUUUCAAUACAAAUCAUUGCAGCAGAAAUGAUAUAUCAGUUAAACAUUCCAUUAAUAACGUUUUUCAUAGUUUAAAUGAAUACCUUAGUUCGGAUAUUAAUCCCAAACUUAUUGAAAAUCCUCAAAAAAAAUUCAAAGAUAUUGAUAUCCCAAAUGAGUCAGAGACAUCAAAUUCUUGUGCAAAACCUACACCUCCAAAGAUGCUUCCACAAACAACAGAUACAGCUUAUAACUUACUUGUUGAUCCUGUCUUUAACAAUGCAUCUGAAGAUAAACAAAAUGAUUCAAAUGAAGAUAAGAUUAAAGGUACUUCACAUAACAGUUUAGUGAAUAAGACUGAUACAUAUAGUGAUACUUGUGCAAUUAAUUCUAAACAAGAAAUACAUGAAAAUAAACAUGUACCAAUUUCCUCUAAUAUAAGCAUACCUACAGAAAAUGUACUUGACAAUAAGUUACUAGAUGAAAUGCCUGAAGAAAAGAGCUCUAUAAAUCUGCAGAAUCUAAUUCAAGAUGAAGCUGAGAUUCAGAUUGUGACAAAGGUAAGCAAUGAAAUCUCCCAAGAAAUACUAGAUAAUUCAGGCUGCAAAGGUGUUUGUAAUGAUGUUACCAUAUAUCAAAAUACAGACAAAUAUUUUGAAAACCUUAUGGAUGAUGAAAAGAAGGAAGAAAAUGCAUUUAUAGAUAAUUCUGAGAUAAGAUCAGAAAUUCAUGAAAAUUCGAUACCCGAAGACUCUGUCCUUCUUAAUAAUCAGCUAGAUACUGAUUGGAAUGAAAAAUAUUUGGAAGAUAAUAAAAAGGAAAUAAAAACAGAUAGUAUUACAGACCAGCAAAGUAUUGAAAAUAAAGAAAUAGAUAUGUGGCAAGUAAAGAAAGAUCUGAAUGAAGAAACUGAUCUCAAAAUUGAAAAAAUCGGAUUUAACAAUGAUGUGGAAUUGGAUGAAGAAAAUAUUGAACAGUAUUUUCAGGAAUUGGAAGAAGAAUUAGGAAUUCAAAUUCAAGAAGAAAAUAAUGAAAUUCAGGAAAAAUCAAGUAUUCAAAAUACUGAUUUGAAGAUCUUGCAGGAAAAUAAUCCUUCCUUAAUAGAAAUAAUACAUGAAAGUGAUAAUGACUCAUCAAUGGAAAGAUCUUUCAAGGAAAUCAAUGUGAUAGAAUCAGAAGAAAAAGAAAUAACCGUGAAAACACUGAGUAUUCACAGUGAAGAGGUAGGACAACUAAAACAAGAACCAGAAUUAACUUCCAAUGAUUCCAGCACACAUAUUCCAACGGAAACCAAGUUGUUGACAACAUUUAAUGAAACAGAUUCUGUUAAAGAAGAUAUAAUAUCCACUGUAACUCACUUAGAAUCACUUUCAACUAUGAUAGAAUCAGAAUCACUUUCAACUAUGAUGGAACCAGAAUCACUUUCAACUAUGAUAGAACCAGAAUCACUUCCAACUAUGAUGGAACCAGAAUCACUUCCAACUAUGAUGGAACCAGAAUCACUUCCAACUAUGAUGGAACCAGAAUCACUUCCAACUAUGAUGGAACCAGAAUCACUUCCAGCUAUGAUGGAACCAGAAUCACUGUCUUCAAAAUCAGAAGAACAAAUUAAUUGUUCUGACAAAAUAAAAACUGAUUUAAAUGAAGAAGUACACAUACCAUUCGAUUCAAAUCCUGUUGAACAAACUCUUGAGGAUGAACAAGGCAAGAACUCUAGACCACAUAUAUUACCAUUAAGUGAGGACGUAACAGAACCCAUACGUAAAAUAAAUUUAAUUGGUGAACCAGGCUCAACGCCAUACAAUAACCUUUACAGCACUAAAGAAUUUGAGAAGACUAUAACAGAAAGUAGUGGAGAUCAUAAUACCGUAAGAGCCAUCUCUCCUACGUAUUCUGAUGUUUCAACAGAUUCUGUUUCGAGUAGUUCUUCAGAUGAUACUGGAGAAUAUAAUGAUGCAGUAUCAGAGGUGCCAGAUAAAAAAGAAGAGAAAACAGAUAUGAAUAUGAUGCAGAAUAACAUGGUUUACCCAGUGGAGACUCCUAGAAGUGACAUUACUAUGGAUAAAGACUUCAAGAACAAUCUGAAAACUGGCAAUUUAAGAACAGAAGAUAUUCCAAAUACUUCUUGUUCUCCUCCUAAUGAAAAUGAAGUAUCACAGUUGGAUAGACAAGAUAUUGAGGGAGCCUGUGCAAUGGUAAUUGAGACAAACAAUAGCGACAUUCAGACAAACAUUGAGAAAAACAAUGAACAAACGUCAUCUAACAAUGCUGGAAUUGAUUGGUUAGGAAAACAGGCUCCUCUUUGGAUUCCUGAUAGUGUAGCAAUGAGUUGCCUACAUUGUGAUAUGAAAUUCACUGUGAUUAAAAGAAGACAUCAUUGCAGAGCUUGUGGUUUAGUGCUGUGUUCAAAAUGCUGCAACCUCAAAUUUCGUUUAGAAUAUUUGAAUGCAGAAGCCAGAGUAUGCACAAAAUGUUUUGAAAUUCUUGACAAAGGAAUGAACAGCAACUCAGCAGGUGAAGUGUCUCAGGAGUUAUCCUCUCCAAGCAGAAAUUCGAAUGUUACCCAAGAUAAUCUGGGACAACCAAAUCCAAAUAAUCCUCAUGAAUAUUGCUCUACUAUACCACCAACACAGCAAGUUGAUCCGGGUGCUGUAGCUGUUCCUUCUGUGAUGGUACCAGUUGGAGUAUUGAAGAGAAAAGGGUCUAACAAAGGAAGAAGCAAUAAAAGUGUUAUGUUCUGCGAUGGAAUUCGUCCUGGCAGUGAUUUAACGAACUUGGAUACAGAUUUCAACUAUUCAGAAAAUCAAAAAUCCGAGAAACUCAAAAAAUCUCCAGAUAAAUCCGCUAGGAGUGGUAGAAAUCUUGAUAUGUUAGAUACUGAAACAAAAAGUUUCAUUCCAAAUGAUGAAAGAAGCUUGCCACCUACUGUUACCAUAUUCAAAACUGAUAUCAAAUAUUCACCUUGUGCGAACAAUUCUAGUGUUGUGGAGGUGUUAAAAAAUGAAUCAUUGACUUUUGCUCUUCAGUCCAAUGUUUUUGUUCAUGUGAAAAUCAUAAACAUGGACUGUUGUAUUAGUCGUAUAGCAUGGUGUUUCUCUACAGAAGGUUUGAUAAAUGUUGGACAGGAUGAGAUUGUUAUUUUACUUGAAUUUAAAGAAAAAGAGUCUUUAGUACCGAAAGAAAUAUUUAUGCAUUUAAAUUUUGUAUAUUUGGAGGCUGUGAAAGGAAGUUCAGUAAAAGAGUUAGGAAUGUCCCUACAUCCAAAUUCACCAUUUUUGGAUUCGAAAAAUCAUUUUGGUUUUAUAUAUAUCAGACCUACCUUUCAAUGUUUGCAAAAUAUAAUUAUACCGAAAGAACCAUAUCUCAUCGGAAUUCUGAUUCACAGAUGGGAAACGCCUUGGGCUAAACUGUUUCCUUUGCGUUUAGUCCUGCGUUUAGGGGCUGAAUAUAAAUACUACCCCAGCCCGAUUAUUUCAACCAGAGAUAGAGAUAGUGUAUUUGUUGAAAUAGGUCAUACUAUAAUCAAUCUACUUGCUGAUUUCAGAAAUUUCUCUUAUACACUACCCCAAAUCCGGGGCCUGAUGAUACAUAUGGAGGAUAAAAACACAACAGUUACUAUACCCAAGAACAGAUAUGACCAAGUACUGAAGAGUCUUUCCAAUUCAAGUGACCACAUAUUGGCAUUUGCGGGGAACUUCAGCAGUGUUGCAGAUUCUCAUUUAGUUUGCAUUCAAGAUACACAGAGUGCAAGCAAUGAUUACAGCACACAUGCCAUAAACAUCUGUAACCAACCAAGGAAAGUAACUGGAGCAAGUUUCAUUGUAUUCAAUGGAGCCCUAAAAUCUACCAGUGGCUUGACAGCUAAAUCAAACAUUGUGGAAGACGGACUGAUGAUACAAAUACUACCUGAGCAUAUGCUACAAGUGAGGGAUGCUUUGAAAAGCAAGAAAAAUCACACUAUCAGAUGUGGUUGUAUAAACGAAGAGAGUGAUGAGACUGUGACAAUAAUCUGGGGUGAGCCAGAUACUAGUUUUAAUGUGGGGGUGCUUUCUCCUAUUGAUAACAAAGUAUUGACUGGAAUACCAUCAAUAAGAGUUCAUAAUGGAAAGGAUUAUACUUGUAAUAGCGGUAAUCGGCUCAUUAGAUGGACUGAAGUCUUUAUAAGUCAAGGGGGUGAAGAAUCAUCUAAAAAUCAGGAUCCAAUAGAUAUUUCAAAAAUUUCAGAAAACAUAUCCAGAGCUACAUGUCAGGCACUAGUGAAGUAUUUAGAUCUUCUUGUUAGCAAUAGUUUUUAUAAAAUCGGAUUGAGGACUCACAUACAUGUGGAAAAUGUUUCUUAUUCGGCUGGUUCAAAUAAUGUAAUAUUACCACCAAUUUAUAUGAAGAGUUUGGACAAUGAGCUGAUACCUGUUCUUCAUAGAAUAGCUUCGAAUAACAUAACAGAACAACCUAUAAUUUUGGAGCUGAUAUUUCGCAUCCUAAAUAUAUAAUGUUCUAGUAUUUUUAGACCCUUAAAGUCAAUAUGUAAUUGUUAUUAGCUAUAUUUUCCUUACAAAGUGUAGUAUUGUAAAGUUUAGAGUGUUUCCAAAAGGAUCUGACUGGUUUAAAAAUUUAUAUACCAAAAAAUUGUGAAGAUUCAAAACAUACUUUAUAUAUUGUGAUAUUCUUUAACACUCUGUAUAACUUACUAAAUGCUUAUUUAGUUUGUGCACUAAUUUGGUUUUAGAGGUUUUCAGCUAUUUAUAUAUUAUUUUAAUAACUGUUAAAUUUAGAUAUGUUAAUAAAUGAAAAUAUAUUUAUCAAUUAUGAUUA